AUGAGUUUUCUUCUUCGCAUCUCAGUCUCCGCCAUUAUCUCUCUUGUUCUGCUAGUGCUUCAGCAAGAACCAUCUUCUUCAGCCAUUAUACUGAGCUUGAAGAAACGCCAUGGGAGCAGCAGCGGCAACCAAUACAGCUCGAGCAGACCAUCGGCUUUCCAAGGGAACAGGAGCACGUGCUCUCUCUUCCUCGGCACGUGGGUCCGUGACAGCUCUUAUCCUCUCUACAAACCGGCGGAUUGUCCCGCCGUCGUCGAGCCUGAGUUCGAUUGCCAGAUGUACGGACGUCCUGACUCCGACUACCUCAAGUAUCGAUGGCAACCCCAGAAUUGCAACUUGCCCACGUUCAAUGGUGCUGCGUUUCUGUUGAGAAUGAAGGGCAAGACAAUAAUGUUUGCGGGUGAUUCAUUGGGGAAGAAUCAAUGGGAGUCGUUGAUCUGCCUCAUCGUUUCAUCUGCACCGUCCACUAGGACUCAAAUGACCAGAGGCCUCCCUCUCUCCACCUUCAGAUUCUUGGAUUAUGGGAUAACGAUGUCGUUUUACAAAGCUCCGUUCUUGGUGGACAUAGACGCUGUUCAAGGCAAGCGAGUGUUGAAACUGGAAGAGAUCUCUGGCAAUGCCAAUGCGUGGCACGAUGCUGAUCUCCUCAUCUUCAACACCGGUCACUGGUGGAGCCACACCGGAUCUAUGCAAGGAUGGGACUUGAUUCAAUCAGGCAAUUCUUAUUACCAAGACAUGGACCGUUUCGUCGCAAUGGAGAAGGCUCUUCGUACUUGGGCUUACUGGGUCGAAACCCACGUCGAUAGAAGCCGAACCCAAGUCUUCUUCCUCUCCAUUUCUCCAACACACGACAACCCGAGUGACUGGGCGGCAUCAUCGUCUUCUGGAUCCAAGAACUGCUACGGAGAGACAGAGCCGAUCACAGGAGCGGCGUACCCAGUGAGUUCUUACACAGAUCAGCUAAGAUCAGUGAUCGUUGAAGUGCUUCACGGGAUGCACAACCCGGCUUUUCUUCUCGACAUAACGCUCCUCUCUUCCCUCAGAAAAGACGGUCACCCUUCUGUCUACAGCGGUCUCAUCAGCGGUUCGCAGCGGUCUAAACCAGACCAGUCUGCAGAUUGUAGCCAUUGGUGCUUGCCUGGUCUCCCUGAUACAUGGAAUCAGUUGUUGUAUACCAUUCUCUUCUAUUAG